AUGACAGCCAAAAAUAAUUUACCUUCCACAUCCAACAAAAAGAUGACACGAUACUGCGAAAAUGAGGAGGGCUGGGCGGGGUGGAGAGGUAGAGAAGGGUGGGAGGGAGGGAUGGAAUGGGGUGGGGUGGAAUACAAAAGGGUGAAAAAAGAGGGCGUGAAAGAAGGAGGUCAGAUAAAACGGGAUGGAGUUGAAUUGGGUAGGAUAAAAAAAAGGGUUAAAAUGGCAGCCAGUGCAAGAAAACAAGAUAUGGAGAUAUAUGAGAAAAGAAAGGGGCACGAACAACCAGACAAACAGCAGAGUUAA